AGCUAGGAGCCUAUUGGUAAACCCAAGUUCCUUAAUGCAUAUUUUAUUACCCUUGUAUUUUUUUUCAAGUUCUCACAAAACAGUGAUUUCAUUUAAUACUUCUUUAGAAGUUGUUUUACCAGUUCUUAGAUCUUUUCAGACUGUUUUCUGAGUGGGAGUCCAGAAGAACUCUAGCUUGGAAGGCUUGCUAACAGUAUCUACCACACUGCAUGUUGUUCUUUGGCAGGUACCAGAAAGUUAUACAAUAACAUUUUUUUUCUUUAUUAUUAAGCUUUUUAUUUUGAGGUUAGUGUAGAUUGAAAUACACUUCCAACAAUUAAUACAAAGGUCCCCUGUGUCCUUUACCCAGUUUUCCACAGUGGUAACAUAUUACAAAACUGGAGUACAAUGUCACAUCCAGGAUACUAAUUGAUACGAUCAAGACACAGAAUAUUUCUAUUACAAAGGUCUUGUGUUGCCUUCUUAUAGCAACACCUACUUUCUUCCUACUCCUUCCCUCAUCCAUUCCUUAACCCUUGGCAACCAUAUGUUCUUCAUUUCUGCAAUUCUGUUAUUUCAAGAAUGUUGUAUAAGUGGAAUUAUACAGAUGUAAUUUUUUAGGAUUGGCUUUUUUCCUCUGCAGAAUUCUCCAGGCUUUUGCAAGUCGCAGUACUCAUCCUUUUUAUUGCUGAAUAGUAUUACAGGUAUAGAUGUACCAAUUUGUUUAACCAUUCACCCACUGAAGAACAUUUGGGUUUUCAGUUUUUGAUUAUUAAGAAUAGAGUUUCCACAAACAUUCACAUACAGGAUUUCCUGUGAACACAAGUUUUCAUUUCUCUAGGACAGAUGCCCAGGAAUGCAAUUGCAGGGUUAUAUGGGAGAUGAAUGUAUAACUUCUUUAGAAACUGCCAAACUGUUUACAUUCCCAACAGGAAUAUGUGACUAAUAAAGGUACCAGAAGAAUAUGGCUGCACAAAUACCAGAAUCUGAUCAGAUAAAACAGUUUAAGGAAUUUCUGGGGACCUACAAUAAACUUACAGAGACCUGCUUUUUGGACUGUGUUAAAGACUUCACAACAAGAGAAGUAAAACCUGAAGAGACCACCUGUUCAGAACAUUGCUUACAGAAAUAUUUAAAAAUGACACAAAGAAUAUCCAUGAGAUUUCAGGAAUAUCACAUUCAGCAGAAUGAAGCCCUGGCAGCCAAAGCAGGACUCCUUGGCCAACCACGAUAGAGAAGUCCUGAUGGAUGAACUUUUGAUGAAAGAUUGCCAACAGCUGCUUUAUUGGAAAUGAGGACUCAUCUGAUAGAAUCCCCUGAAAGCAGUAACCACCAUGUUAAACCAUCUGUCAUGACUGUUUGGCAAAUGGAAACCACUGGAGAAACAAAAUUGCUAUUUACCAGGAAUAAUCACAAUAGAAGGUCUUAUUGUUCAAUGAAAUAAUAAGAUGCAACAUUUGUUGAGGCCUUAUGAUUCAGCAGCUUGGUCACUUGAUUAGAAAAAUAAACCAUUGUUUCUUCAAUUGUGACUGUUAAUUUUAAAGCAACUUAUGUGUUCAAUCAUGUAUGAGAUAGAAAAAUUUUUAUUACUAAAAGUAAAAUAAAUGGAAAUAUCACUGAGCAGUUGUUUAUACUGUAUGGUACCAUAGUAUUCUCACUGGACUGUGGAUACGUUGAAAUGUUUUUCAAUCAGGAUCAUCCUCUAAGCAUUCCUGUUCAUUCAUGUCUGCCUCAAAUUGCUGGUGAAUACAUAAAAUAGUUACUUGCUAAUCAUUUCAAUGCACGAUCCUUUUCUUGCUUCCCUUGUGUCAGAGUGGGCAUUACAUAUACUUUUUUUUUUUGAGACGGAGUUUUGCUUUUGUCACCCAGGAUGGAGUGCAAUGUCACGAUCUCAGCUCACUGCAACCUCUGCCUCCCCGGUUCAAGCAAUUCUCCUGCCGCAGCCUCCCAAGUAGCUGGAAUUACAGGUGUGUGCCACCAUGCCCGGCUAACUUUUGUAUUUUUAGUAGAAAUGGGGUUUCACCACGUUGGCCAGGCUGGUUUCGAACUCCUGACCUCAGGUGAUCCGCCUGCCUCAGCCUCCCAAAGUGCUAGGAUUACAGGCGUGAGCCACCGCGCCUGGCCACAUAUUCUUAUCUUACCUACAUUUUCAUGUAUCUUCAGGAAACAAUCCCAUCUGCCCUAGUUUGGGAAUGUUUAAGAGUUGACUGUUACACUGUAAUGGAGUUCAUGUUUGUGUUUUGUUCAAAAGCUGACAGUCAAAUAUGAUAGAUUCCAAGGCUUGCCAAUGAUAAAAAGUGAACCAAAGUUAAUGUCUUAUGGCUAAUGAAUCCUGAAAUUAAUCCAAGCAUUUGCAGGAAAUUCUAGUUGAUGCAUACAUAUACCAAGCAGUUUAGUAAAAUGAAAAGUGGACUAAAACUUACUAAUCAACUGGCUUAUGAAUGGAUUUCAUUUGAUACCAUUUUAAACCUAUAAUUAAGAGAAUGCUAAUUAGCCUGUAUGUUUAAAUUUACCAAAGUGAUUUCUAUGUUUUGUAUGUUAAUGGAAGUAGAAGUAUUGUUCUGCUUUAAAAUUGAACUAUUGAAAUACGGAUAUUACUCAAGAAAAUAUACAAUUUAUUAUAGUCAAAGGAA